CCAAAUUCCACGUAUGCAUUCAAAAGUAGUGCGCACACAACACAGUUCGUCUUCUGGUUUUCCGCUACAUUGUGAUUUUGUUAGUGUCGGCAUUGGUACGUACCUGAUCCAGAAGCAAUAGUUACAGAUAAGCCAAGAUGGAGACUGCUCUACUGAGUGGAGAGAGCAGCGGAAGUGGUGGUGGUUCCGGUCCCCUCCGGCUCUUCCGGCGACGCGCUUUCAGUAGCCGAUCAGAUGCAAUUGUGUACGGAUCCACUUACCAGAAGGCCGCUGCUUUGGUUGAUCUUGCUGAAGAUGGUGUUGGGAUACCUGAGGAAAUCCUUGAUCAAUCAAGCUUUGCAAGUGCAGCAAAGUUAUACUUCAUAUUUACACGAUUUGAUUUCCUAUGGUCCCUAAACUAUUUUGCUUUGAUUGUUCUGAACUUUCUUGAGAAACCACUAUGGUGCUCCAAACAGUCUGCUUAUGGCUGCAGUGACAGACAGUACUACUUUCUUGGGCAGCUGCCUUACUUGACUAACACUGGGUCUCUUGUAUAUGAGGGUGUUACUCUUGUAAUUCUUGUGACACAUGCUUUAUUUCCAAUAUCAUAUGAAGGUUUUCAGAUAUACUGGAGAAGCAUCCUCAAUAGGUUAAAGGUCCUAUUGCUGUUAGUUUUGGUUGCAGAUCUGGUGGUCUAUGUUCUCUCCAUAGCUGGCUUGUAUUAUCUGCCAUUCAGGGCUGCACCCUAUGUACGGGUUGUAUUUUUCAUUCUCAAUAUCAGGGAAUUGAGAGACAGCAUCGUGAUCCUUGCUGGAAUGUCUGGAACCUACCUUAAUGUCAUGGUUUUGUCAGUUUCAUUUCUUCUGUUCUGUAGCUGGUUAGGAUAUGUCAUCUUUGAGGACACCGAACAGGGAAAGACUGUUUUUACUUCAUUUGGCAUAACCUUGUACGAGAUGUUUAUUUUAUUUACCACAUCUAACAAUCCAGAUGUCUGGAUACCUGCAUACAAGGAAUCGCGGUGGUAUUGCUUGUUUUUUGUUCUAUAUGUGUUAUUGGGUGUUUACUUCGUCACCAAUUUGAUUCUUGCUGUUGUAUACGAUAGCUUCAAAAGUGAGCUUGCCAAACAAGUGGCUGAGAAGGAUCGGGUGAGGCUAAGGACAUUGAAGAAAGCAUUUAGUUUGGUUGAUGAUAAUAACUGUGGGUUCCUCAACAAAGAGCAAUGUAUCCGUUUGUUUGAGGAACUUAACAAGUACAGGUCACUGCCAAAAAUAUCAAGAGACGAUUUUGAGCUAAUAUUUGAUGAGUUGGAUGAUACUCGUGACUUUAAGAUUGAUUUGGACGAAUUUUUUGAUCUAUGCAAUGCCAUCUCACUAAGAUUUCAGAAGGAGGAUUCUCUGCCAGUCUUUGAAACAUUUCCUAAUGUCUACCAUUCAACAACAUCUGAGAAGUUGCGGGAAUUUGUUCGAAGCACUAUGUUUGAAUACAUAAUAAUGUUUAUUCUCGUCAUCAAUUUCGUUGCCGUGGUAAUCGAGACAACGCUUGAUAUAGCGGACAGUUCUUCUCAAACCUUUUGGCAGAAGGUAGAAUUUGUUUUUGGCUGGCUCUAUGUGAUCGAGAUGGCAUUAAAAAUAUAUACAUAUGGUUUUGAGAACUAUUGGAGGGAUGGACAAAAUCGCUUCGAUUUUGUUGUCACUUGGGUUAUAGUUAUUGGAGAAACUACUACUUUUGUGGCUCCUGAUGGUGAGACUUUUCUAUCUAACGGGGAAUGGAUUAGGUAUCUUCUUAUUGCAAGAAUGCUACGACUAAUAAGGCUCUUGAUGCAUGUACGAAGUUAUCGUGCCUUUGUAGCAACAUUUUUGACUCUCAUACCAAGUCUCAUGCCAUACUUAGGGACCAUCUUCUGUGUAUUGUGCUUUUAUUGCUCUCUUGGUUUACAGAUCUUUGGUGGGAUGGUCAAUGCUGGGAACCCCAAUUUAGAUGGAACUGAUCUUUCUGAUAAUGACUAUUUGCUUUUCAACUUCAAUGACUAUCCAAAUGGAAUGGUGACACUUUUCAAUUUGUUGGUGAUGGGUAACUGGCAAUUGUGGAUGCAGAGCUACAAGGAAUUGACUGGGACUUCUUGGAGUUAUGUCUACUUUAUCAGUUUCUAUGUUAUCACAGUUUUAUGGCUCUUGAAUUUGAUUGUAGCAUUUGUCUUGGAGGCUUUCCAAACUGAGAUGGAUAUGGAAACUUCAGCAAUUUGUGUGGAUGGAGAGAACAAGGAAGAAAGAGAAAGGGAGCGACGCCGUAAGUAUGGCACAAAGACAAGGAGCCAGCGAGUUGAUGCCCUCCUCCAUCAUAUGCUGAGCUCUGAACUGACACAGUGCUCCAGCCCAUAAUUCUCUCCACGUUCCUGCUGUCAUCGUCUAGGUCAUGAAUCCCUGACGGAGAAACCAGUACAUCAUUAUCCACUAGGAAGUAGACCUCUCGCAUUAGGACGGACGUGUGCAGUUUCAGUUUGUGGAUAGGCGCUUGGUGUUUAAAUUAUUGUACCAUAGUCGCUCACAUGCAAACUGGUGAUGGUAUUAUCAGGAAUUCAGGACUUUUGUUGGUGAAUUUGAACCAGAAUAUUCUCUGUUGUGACUUUUUCCUUCAGUUUAAAGCACAUCGGAAAUGGGAUCUAAUUUAACGAUAAAUAUCUUUUCUUCUGGUAAGUGGUAA